ACAGCUAACGUCUAUAUAACUCUUUUAUUUUUUUUGUUUGGUUUUGCCGUAUAAAAGUAAAGAAGAAUCGUCUUGCAUUUAUUAAAUUAUCCAAUAAAUUACAAUUGCAUGCGACAAAACUGCUUGAAAUGUUUCGACUACUUUUAAUCAGUUGAAUAAUGUCAUCCACAUUCACCAAACAAUGUGCGCUAAAAUUAUGAAUUUAAAUUUUCAAUUCAAACGUAAAAAACAAUACGUGAAACGCGCAAAACUAUGCAAUACAAAUAAAUUAAGUAAAUAGCCGUAAUAAUAAAAAUUGUUGAUUUAUACACAAAAACAACGUAACGGUGUGUUGGUGUGUUCAAAAUGCAAAUGCCAAACUCAUUUAGACAAUUGAAAAAGCAUAAUUUCAUGGUGGCCGUUGUAAUUUAUUUACUAAUAUUAGAGAAAUCAAUUCAACCAUGUGAUUGUGUUCACGGUUUCAGAAAUAAUACAGAGAGCGCCGAGCUGGUAUCUCAUUACGAAUCAAGCCUAUCGCUGCCAGAUAUAUUGCCCAUACCUUCGAAAACCUACGACAAGAAUCGUGCACCAAAGCUGCUGGGACAACCAACCGUUGUAUAUUUUCAUGUCACCGUGCUCUCCUUGGACUCUAUCAAUGAGGAAUCCAUGACCUAUGUGACGGACAUAUUUUUAGCACAAAGUUGGCGCGAUCCGCGUCUUCGUUUACCAGAGAAUAUGAGCGAACAGUAUCGCAUUCUAGACGUGGAUUGGCUGCACAGCAUUUGGCGUCCCGAUUGCUUCUUUAAGAAUGCCAAAAAGGUGACAUUUCAUGAGAUGAGCAUUCCAAAUCACUAUCUUUGGCUGUACCACGACAAGACGUUGCUCUACAUGUCCAAAUUGACGCUGGUGCUGUCGUGUGCCAUGAAAUUUGAGUCCUAUCCGCAUGAUACACAAAUCUGUUCAAUGAUGAUAGAGAGUCGUAAGUGGAAAAUCUUUUGGGCAACAGCAGUCUUUUUAACAGGCAGCUUUUAUAUAGUAUCGCAUACAGUGGAAGACUUGGUAUUUAUUUGGAACAUGACCGAUCCACUGGUCGUCAAUGCUGAGAUCGAGCUGCCACAACUGGACAUAUCAAAUAAUUAUACGACCGAUUGUACCAUCGAGUACUCAACGGGUAAUUUUACAUGUCUGGCGAUUGUGUUUAACUUGCGCCGACGCUUGGGCUAUCACCUGUUUCACACGUAUAUUCCAUCUGCCCUCAUUGUGGUUAUGUCGUGGAUAUCGUUCUGGAUUAAACCCGAGGCUAUACCGGCACGAGUCACUCUCGGCGUUACCUCGCUGCUCACCUUGGCCACACAGAAUACACAAUCGCAGCAAUCUCUGCCGCCCGUUUCAUACGUCAAGGCCAUUGAUGUGUGGAUGUCCUCGUGCUCGGUUUUUGUAUUCCUCUCGCUCAUGGAAUUUGCUGUAGUCAACAAUUACAUGGGUCCGGUGGCAACAAAGGCAAUGAAGGGUUACUCCGAUGAGAAUAUCACAGAUCUAGACGAUCUAAAGGUGAGUUUGUCAAGGGCACUUUUGCUGAUGAUUGAAACUCUGCAGCGUGUAUUGCAGCAUCACCAUCGGGAGUCGAUAAUUGAGCCACAGUAUGAUACAUUCUGCCAUGGGCAUGCCACCGCCAUCUAUAUAGAUAAAUUCUCGCGCUUCUUCUUUCCGUUCUCGUUCUUCAUUCUCAACAUUGUCUACUGGACGACGUUCCUAUGAUCUGAUUGAACCAAGGGAGUUGUUAAGCAAUUAAUGAAAUUAUAAAUACAAAGCGCAUUUGUUUAAAAAUGUAUAUAGUUUGUAAGCCACAAAUAAUUGCAGUAAAUUAUAUAAAAUAUAUAUUAUC